AUGUUCGGCCGCACCCUGACCCUGCGAGCGGUGCCCGCAGUAGCAUCCUCGCUCUCAGCCCAAGCCUCUGCCUGCCGUGCUUGCCAUAGAUCAGCCACGUUCUUCGCUUCGCCUAGGAUGCCCCUCCGCGCGAAGCUGCUUGCCGGCCAGCAGCAGCGAUUGUUGUCCAUCUCUACCCAGGAGGCCUAUGAGCUGUUCAAGCCUCAGCCUGGAGACGAGCCCGAGGAUGUUGUCUUCAACAGCCUGUACGGCCUGCGCUCCAUCACCCUGAAUCGCCCCAAGAAGCUCAAUGCCCUCAAUGGCUCCAUGAUUCGCAAGAUCGCCCCGCGCCUGAUCGAGUGGGGCAAGUCCGACAUGGCCAAUGUCAUCGUCAUGAAAGGCGCCGGUGACAAGGCCUUCUGCGCUGGCGGCGACGUUGCCCAGCUGGCCCAGUGGAACAAGGAGGGCCCUGAGGGUCAGAAGAAGAGCAGGGACUACUUCGCCCAGGAAUACCGUCUGGACCAUCUGAUUGCGACCUACAACAAGCCCUACAUCGCUUUCAUGGACGGCAUCACCAUGGGUGGCGGCGUCGGCCUCAGCAUCCACGCCCCCUUCCGGAUUGCGACUGAGCGCACCGUGUUUGCCAUGCCUGAGACCAACAUCGGCUUCUUCCCAGACGUUGGCGCUUCCUUCUUCCUGCCCCGUAUGCCCGGCGCUGUGGGCACCUACCUUGCCCUGACCAGCGCCCGCCUCAAGGGUGCCAACGUCUUCUACGCUGGCAUCGCCACUCACUACCUGCACUCGACCUCUCUGCCGCGCCUGGAGUCUCGUCUGGCCGAACUGCGCUUCCAGGACACCGACGAUCUCGAGACUCGUCUGCGCGUUAUCAACGCCACGAUCGAGGAGUUCGUCACCGGCCUGCCGCACGACGAGCCCAUCCAGAUUGCCGGCGAGCUGCGCGAGGCUAUCGACCGCUGUUUCAGUCACGACUCUGUCGAUGCCAUCAUUCGCGCUCUUGAGGCCGAGGAGGGCUCGACCAAGGCCUGGGCCCAGGAAACCCUCGAGACGCUGAACAAGCGCUCUCCCAUUGCCGUUCACGUCACCUUGCGCCAGAUGCGCAUCGGCCGUGCCUGGAACAUCCAUGACACCUUCUUGCGUGAGCAUGCCAUGGCCUCCAAGUUCAUGGCCUCCCACGACUUCACCGAGGGCGUGACUGCCCUGCUGAUCGAGAAGCGCCCAGUCAAGUGGCAGCCUGCUACUUUGGCUGAGCUCUCGCCCGAGGAGGCCAAGCGCCUGACCGACGAGUACUUCACCGUCGAGAGUAACGCUCCCAAGCUGACGCUACUGAACGAUGUUGCCUACGAGGAGUACCCCUACAACGUGUUUACCGUGCCGACCGAGGAGCAAGUCGAGGCCAAGGUUCGCGCGGGCAAGUACACGCCCAAGCAGAUUCUCAACAUGUUCCUGUUUGAGCGCCGGCACAAGCAGGGUGUUCGCGAGGUUGUUUCGGAGAUUCUGGCGCGGAAGACGAGCGUUGAUGCUGCUGGUAUUGCGGUAUGGAAGUAUUGA